UAUCAUCCUAAUUUAUUAAAGCCUUCAGGGCUCAGGCGGCAAUGUCCAAGGUCGAUGUUGUUCUGGGAGAUUUGUUAGCCAAGGUGCUUCCGACCGAUGUAAAGGUCACCAUCCGCCAUAUCUCGUCCACUCCCACAGCAUCCACCGCUCUCUUCGCUCCUCCACCAGGCGAGGAACCAGAGCCGACCUUCUGCGAGAACCAUUUUCUUGUUGCCUCUGUGAUACCUGAUGGCAAGGAUGAUGGUGCGGAGAUAAUCGUUUUCGGCAUCGAGGUGCUAAUCUACACUACGGCACACUUGACCACCAUUUUUGUUUCCAAGGCGGAUUCUACCGGGCACCUGCACCUACUCAAAGCUGCGUCAAAGAGCUCAAUUCUCAGGCGAGUUGCCAAUACCUUUCUCUCCUUUCUUGUACGGGUCCACCAACGACCUGGCGUUCGACUGCUUGUAUCGCUCUUCGCUCGGUCUCAGAAUCAGUACUUGUUUCCUGGAAGUAUUGAGAAUCUUGAAAAACAUGUCCUCGACGAUCGUGGACUGAUCAAAUGGUGGUGCCGCGCUCUCGAUCCAAUUCUUCGCGAGUACGAACCUGAAUCUGCCUCCCAGGAGCAAGACAAGAAACACGAAGAGUCAUCGCGGAGCUCAGCAACGGCAUAUCUCAUCGUGCCUGGUUGCGACAGGUUUGAAACUAGAGGUUUCUUCCCUAGUAGCGCCAAAGCAGACGAUAAAGACCGGCCCCGAUGGCUGAAUGCUUAUCCUUUACGUCAAAUAUGCAGCAAGCCUGAUGCUCCGCCGCGCUCUCUGGUUCCUCGGUUCCCUGAUGAUCCAAAGACGCGCUUUCUCAUUGACCUCGAUGAUGAACUUCCAGAGGCUGCGGGCGGAGAGAGCUCGAGUGGCCACUGGAGGAGUGUGAAGUCUUUGGACGAGUUCUGGGAGAUGAUGUCCUUCCGCCAGGAGUGCUCUGCGGGAAGACUGGUUGGGUUUCUGUGGCUUGUUAUCAACCCUCCUGGAGUGGUGAAUUCGAAGCCAAUGCUGAGCAGCACUGCCGGUUCUGCGGAGGUUAGGGGCACCACCUCCGCGGCCGGGGAAGGACCGGCAACGGAUAGCCAACUGCUAACGUCUAACGCCCCGGCCAACUCAGAUCAGGCACAGUCUCUGGAGGUCCCGAAAAGCAGCGAAGAUGCUUCAAUCACUCAUUCAGUCGAUCAGACGAUAAAUCAGCAGGCGAACAACGGAAGUGCAUUUUACUGGCCACAAGCGGCGAGAGGACAUGCAGUGUUGAACGAAGAUGACUAUAAGAAAGUCAUCAACUUCCUUCUCGAGCAAGACUUUUACAACGAAGAGGUCUCGUUUGCCAGCACGAAGGCGUUCAACGACAAGGUUGCAACACUUGCAGAUGAGCUGUGGGUUGGCCAGCAUGUUGUGGGAAAGAGCACAUCUGAGGAGCCUCUGGUCCCAUCACAGCCGUCUGAGAUACCCGCUACAACUCUGUUCGUCCGGAAACGAAAGAAAGAUGAAGGCCCAACAUCAGAUCAGGCUCCUAGUGGAUCUACAGAGUCUGGUACUGCUCAGGACACCGGGGUGAAUCUUUUACAGGGAAGUCUAAUACGGACGAAGAAGAAGGCUUGA